AUGUCCGAAUCCGAUGAGAUUCCUGCUCCUGCACUGGCAGUAAGAUGGAUGCGGCCUCUCAGUGCGUCUGCGCUACUCGAACUCCCAACUGCGCCAGUGGUCUUAUCGACCGCGAAGGACUGGCAAGCAUUAACGGCAGAGGAGAGCAGUGAAUGUGAAAUUGCGUGGCGGAAAUUAUCAGAUGAAGAACGCAAAGCUGCGGAGGAGGAUGAAAGUACUGAAGGAGUCUCGAGAGACUCUGAAGACAUUGACGAUGAGGAUGAAGAUAUUAUCGGCGUAUCCAUUGCAAGGGAUAAAUUAUUCGAAGUAGACGUGAGGAGAAUGCGUCUACGCCCGAUAUACUGGAAGAUGAACUCCCCUCCUAUUAAAGUUAUCCGGGGACUCUGGUUCUACGAUGACCAUCAUCCCGUCCCUCGAGAAUUGGCAGAACAACUAGAAGAGCUAUACCUAAGCGUCAAGCCUUACCUCCCAGCAUAUGAAAUUGAACUCACGACGGCAUUUGAGCAAGGCUCCGAAGCGCAUGCCAAGUUGAAACAGCCUCUCGAUGAGACACAAAGUGUUGUGUUCGAAAACAGUUCAAAGGCAUAUAUCGUCCAAAACUCGUCCAAGCGCUUCUUCUCGUUCCUUCCUGGAACUUCUUCAUCGAAGCCAUCGACUCUGACGUUCUAUCCUGGUUCAAAGCCUGUUUAUAGAGGCUAUGAGGCGGCUGCAGAAGCAGGACCUGUACAAACUAGGGCAAGAUCUGCGAGCGUUCCUACGAAGCGCAAGGCCAAUACCGAAGAAUCUGGGUACCAAUCAGACAGCGUAGCCGUCCCUUCACAGGAGGAUGCCCGAGAAGUCAAAUUCGCCACCAUUAAGAAACCACGAAGGAGCGUCAGUCGCGGAAGGAAACCAAUUCGGGUAGGAAACGAGGAUGGAGAGGAUAACGUUAUGGAUCUUGUCUUAAUUAUUCACGGGAUAGGACAAGGGCUUGCGAGCCAGUACGAAGGAUACAAUUUUGUUUAUGCGGCUAAUCUCUUCCGACAAAUAGCUCGCAAACAGUCUACAACACCCGCCUUGGCCUCGGUAAUGCGCGAUCGCAGAGUACAGUUCCUUCCAGUUCAAUGGCGGACAAACUUCCAGCUGAGUGCUGAUGAGGAAAGUCGCCGCGAAGCUGCAGGAAUAGACAAUAAUUUCACCCUUAAUGACAUAACGAUUAGAAAUACUGUUCCUUACGUGCGUGAUCUAAUGAACAACGUACUGAUAGACAUCCCCUAUUUUCUGAGUCAGCAUAAAGACCGUAUGAUACAAGCGGUCGCUAAGCAAGCAAAUCGUAUUUAUCGACUUUGGUGUGCGCGAAAUCCAGGCUUUGAUAAGAAUGGGCGUGUGCACAUCUUAGCCCAUUCACUCGGGUCAGCACUUGCUGGACACAUCCUGAGUAAUCAACCGACUAUACAGCCUCCACUGUCAGAGAUGGAGCCAUCCUAUGCUAGAGAUCUCUCACAUCUCUUCCUUUUCAACACUGCCCCUUUCCCGCUUUUCGUUCACAUCAAUCGUUCGCAAGUUAUUGCCAGAAAGGGUCGGGAAAGAACGAUGAAUUCUCCCGCAGACGAGGCUUCUGUUAAGGAAGGCCUUUUCGGGUGUCUUGCGGUUGACUCGCUUUACAAUAUUUUCAACCCUUCAGAUCCAAUCGCCUACCUGAUGAACCCGACGGUCGAUGCAAGGAAAGCGAAGGAAAUACCUCCGUCUAUCAUCAAGAACGUUAGCGUACCUAUGUUCUCGUCCUUUUCGACCCGUGUAUCGCGGCUAUGGGAAGGAAUGGUCACGCCCUCACCACGAUCUCGGAGUCCGUCUAGACCUCGCAUGCCUGCUAAAGCGUCGAGUGGGUUCGAGCUGGGCGGGUCAGUGGAGACAGUGGUGGGAACGAAAGAAGAGCGACGGUUCUUGGCACUCAAUCCCCGUGGUACGCUGGACUUCGCACUUCCUUCGGAGGGAAAUCUUAGUAGUUAUUUCGAUAUGAUUACAGCACAUUCUGCAUAUUGGUCUGAUCCUAACCUCGCUGCGUUCAUCUUGGCCGAGAUUUUCGCUCGAAAAGAAGACUUGGCGAGAACGGGCUUGGGUGUGGAGGCUGCUAGGGAGAAUACACGCGAAUAAUUAUGUUUCGAAGGGCCCACUAUUCUCGUUACAAGUGGACAGGGCUGCUAUGAUUGACACGACACUUACUCGCAAUUUAUCUAGAAUCGCUCAUCCAUUGUAAAC